GAAAGGUCUCGAUUUAAAUUCAUGAAUAUAAAAUUAUCUUUGUUAGAUAAAUAUGAGACUUUUCGAUUUAAAUUUAAAUUUAAUCGAACUUUAGAAGGUGAAAAAAAAGAAGACAAGUGGAGUUUUCAGAUCUGUAAUCAGAGUUCUAGCACUGAUGUAUGUAUGCAUUGCUAUUUCUGCCAUCUGGCUGUGAUUUGGGAUAACUAGAGUGAAAAAUGGUUGCUUUUGGGAAGAAGUUGAAGGAAAGACAAAUUCAAGAAUGGCAAGGAUACUAUAUCAAUUACAAAGUAAUGAAGAAGAAGGUUAAGGAAUACGCUGAUCAAAUCCAGGAUGGAGCGCUCAAUCAGCGAUAUGUACUUAAGGAUUUCUCAAGGAUGCUGGACAAGGAGAUUGAAAAAGUUGUUCUAUUUUUGCUGGAACAACAAGGGGUAUUUGCAAGACGGAUAUCUCAACUCAAUGAACAGCAAGAUUCUCUUCAAGAACAACCUGAUAUAUCCAAAGUAACUGAGCUACGAGAAGCUUAUAGAAAUGUAGGGCGUGAUCUUUUAAAGCUUCUCUUUUUUGUUGAAAUAAAUGCCAUUGGAUUGAGGAAGAUCCUUAAGAAAUUUGACAAACGUUUUGGCUAUAAAUUCACUGAUUACUAUGUCAAAACCCGGGCAAAUCAUCCAUAUUCCCAACUUCAGCAAGUCUUCAACAAUGUGGGAUUAGGGGCAGUUGUUGGUGCAAUAUCUCGUAAUCUUGCAGACCUUCAAGACCGUGAGGGAAGCUACUUGUCAAUUUAUGAUCAGCCUGCUCUUCCACUUCAGGAUUCCGUAGUUGACUCAAUGGAAGCAGCUAUUGAUAGAUUAAGUUAUUCAACUAACUUCCUUAAUUUUUCGGUCCAACGUUCACUUAUCAUGCUAGAAGAGUUACCUACUCCUGUUGAGGAACAUGUUGAUGAUCAGAGAUACCAUUUUAUGUCACUCCUCUUGAACCUGGCAAAUACAUUCCUUUAUAUGAUCAAUACAUAUAUCGUUGUUCCAACAGCUGAUGACUAUUCUAUGAGUCUUGGUGCAGCUGCAACAGUUUGUGGAAUUGUCAUUGGAGCCAUGGCUGUUGCACAGGUCUUUUCUUCUGUGUAUUUUAGUGCCUGGUCAAACAGAUCUUACUUCAGACCUCUGGUAUUUAGCAGUAUAGUUCUUUUUGUGGGGAAUGUUAUGUAUGCAUUGGCCUAUGAUCUCAAAUCAAUACCGGUUCUUCUUAUCGGUCGUAUAUUUUGUGGUUUGGGUUCCGCCAGAGCAGUGAACCGACGUUACAUCAGUGACUGUGUGCCACUUAAAAUCCGAAUGCAGGCUUCAGCAGGAUUUGUAAGUGCUAGUGCACUAGGAAUGGCGUGUGGUCCUGCACUUGCCGGGUUACUUCAGACUAAUUUUAAGAUCUACAAGUUGACUUUCAAUCAAGAUACUUUGCCUGGUUGGGUUAUGGCUUUUGCAUGGUUACUCUAUCUGAUAUGGCUGGGGAUCUCUUUUAGAGAACCUGCUCAAGAGACUGAUGAAGUAAACAAUUUUUCUCAGAAAGCUAAUGCUGCAGAAAAUGAUGCCCUUGAAAGGGGUGUAGUGCAACCACUGCUAUUACAAUCAGUGGGUGCUGAACAAGACAAUGAAGGUGACCAAGAAGGUGAUGGCAGUGAAGAAGCUCAAGAGGAGUCCCGUCGUCCAGCCAACUCCAUAGAGGAAGCAUAUAGAUUGCUGACUCCUUCUGUGAAGGUUCAAUUAUUAAUCUAUUUUAUGCUGAAAUACGCUAUGGAGGUUUUACUUUCAGAGUCUAGUGUUGUCACGACAUAUUACUUUAGCUGGUCAACAAGCGCUGUCGCAAUUUUUCUUGCAUGUCUGGGCCUUACUGUUCUUCCAGUAAAUAUUCUUGUUGGGAGCUACAUAAGUAACAUAUUUGAGGACAGGCAAAUUUUGCUGGCAUCUGAAAUCAUGGUUUGUCUUGGCAUACUCCUGAGCUUUCAAGUUAUCAUCCCGUAUUCAGUACCACAAUAUGUCUGCUCUGGCCUCCUAAUGUUUGUAUCUGCUGAAGUAUUAGAAGGUGUAAAUUUAUCUCUUCUCUCUCGAGUAAUGUCAUCAAGGCUUUCUCGGGGAACCUACAACGGGGGUCUCUUAUCCACAGAAGCUGGCACAAUUGCUCGGGUGAUUGCUGAUGCAACUAUAACUCUGGCUGGAUAUCUAGGGCAGAGCAAGCUCUUGAACGUUACUCUUCUCCCUUCACUUCUGAUAUGCAUCGCGUCCAUUUUUGCAACAUGCCGUACUUACAAUUCUCUUUACUGAUGCACUCUUAGAUCGAUUUGUUUGUUAUACUUUUCUUUUUUGCCAUACGACAUACGAGGAAGGGAAAGGAGGAAACUGAAGGGCAUGCUACCUAUCGCAUUUUAACCUUCCACCAACAGGACGGGGGAGUGUACAUAGAGGCGGAUUCAAAAUUUGGAUGUUAUUGAGUUUGAAAGUGUGUACACAAAGUGAGCUGACUCUCACACCAAGUUGGAUGUACUAUUGAUUUUUUUUUUCUCUUUUGAUGAAUAGUUGUAAAUUCUCACAAGUUAAUGUAUUUCUUUAUCUUAA